AUGCCAAGCUUUAGCGCCAAACACACCCUCUCAACUCUCACCCAUGCCACAGCCCUAUCGGAAUUCGACUCCCUAGUCCGCCGCGGCCUCGUGGUCCACUCGCCAUGCAAGAUCGUGCGCCUCACAGUCGACAACUUUCACUUCGAAUUCCAAAUCAGUAAAUCCCUAACCAACAAACCCCAAUCCGGCCAGGGCCUUCAACCGUCCGACAAGGACUCACCCGACCGACCCGCGACCUUCGGCCCUGGCAGCGACCUCGCCUGCCCCACGCCUGACCUCAUCCUCGCCACCAUCCACGAGACCCACAUCCUCGUUCCCAACGGCUACAGCGUCUUCCGGCCACAGUACCUCCUCCUAACGCAGGACUCGUACCGACGCCAGCACGAGCCUCUAAGCCUCCAAGACCUCGAAGCGGUCCGUGCCGUGCUCUGCGCGCUCGCAACUGACGGUACUCGCCGGCGGCGGUACUUUGCCAUGUUCAACUGUGGUCACGUUGCGGGCGCGAGUAGACAGCAUAAGCACAUGCAUAUCAUCCCUUGGAAGGCUUCUAGAGCGGGGAUCCUCCCUACCAACCGCAAUCCGCGGUCUUGCGAUAUCCCCUUUGUGCAUUUCAGGGCGGCGUUGUCGCCGUCCGAGUUCCGCGCGGAAGGGUACGCUAAGGUUGUGGUGGAUAAGUAUGUUGCUUUGCUGGGGCAGAUGCAAGCAGCUCUGGGGGAUUGGACUCAAGGCAGUGGUGGGGAAUGCAUGCCGCAUAAUGUGAUUCUGGUCGAGGAGUGGAUUCUGGUGAUUCCUCGGUCGAAGGAUCGGUAUAGUCAGGAUGUCACGGUGAAUGGGGCGGGAAUGGCGGGGUCGGUGUGGUUGGAUCGCGAGGAGGUGUUGGAGAGGUGGUUGGAGAUUGGGCCUCUGGAGGUGUUGCGUGGGGUGGGAUAUGCUGUCUAGAGACGGUGGAGGAGAAGGGCAUGGAGCGGGAUGGGGAGUGUUUGUAUGGAGUGGUGAAAAGCUCGUGACUGGCGGCGUAUGCUCGGAUUUCCAGC